AUGAGAUGGGAUAAUUUUCCAGAAAAAGAAGAAAGAGGCCCCAGGUUACAGCUAAAAUUAUUACUUUCCAAUAGGUUGGCAAGUUUUGGAUUAAAGCUUGACGAAAAAGAGCAUUAAAAUAUAAAUUGGAUUAAUAUGGAUGGUAAUAAGGAAGAAUGGAGAAUUUUAUUUCACGGAACAAAAUAAUAUUGCGUGGCUGAUAUUACGAAAGAAAAAUUAAAAGGAGGGAAUAAUCAAGUCUGGGAGAAUUAUAUUUGUGAAGAUGGAAGAAAAGUAGGAAGAGGGAUAUAUUUCUCCUAUACAAUUGAAGUAUGUCUUCGUCCCGAAUAUGCUGAGCCUGUCUAAGUAGGUUAAAAACAAUAUUCAGUAACUUUCAUGUCUAGAGCGAAUCCAACGAAAAUUACGUAAAGCCCAAAAUGA